AUGGCAAGAAGAUUGUCAAUCGGCGAUAUCAGUAUUUGCCUUCUUGCAAUCAUAGUGAUCAACACAUUAGUAUACAACACAAAAGCAAAACAUGGACGAUAUGAGUUCUUCAAGAUCGGUGUCAAAUGGCCACCAUCAUAUUGUAAUACUGGCCAGAGUUCUUGUCAAGGACCAAUUGUAAUCAAUUUCACAAUCCAUGGUCUCUUUACCAUGUAUUUUCCUAAUAUUCUGGUUCCUCCCUAUGAUGAAGAUAGGGGAUGCACUGAUAUCCCACCCAUGGAUGAAGAUGAUAUUGAUCUCUAUUACCUACGAUCGAUACUAGAUGAAAUGAAUAUGUAUUGGGUCGAUGUUUUGUACAACAAUUGGGUGCAAAAGAAUCUAGAACUAUGGCGAAAACAAUUUAAGAGACAUGGCAAGUGUUUUGACUAUCCUGAUCAUCCUUUAUAUUAUUUCAACAUUGCCUUAGAUUUUGUGAGGAUUGUCAAUCUUCUUCGGAUACUCGGUGAUGCAAGUAUUUUUCCCCGCAAUACAGAAGGAUAUCUUGCAUCCUACAUCGCUAAUAAUAUUAGUUAUGUUGGGGGAAAAAGAGCUCAAAUUCGCUGCACCGAGGACGCCAAUGGAGCCUUGCAGUUCUAUGAGGUCCAAAUAUGUUUCAAGCCGAAUGGUGUUACUAUAAAUUGCGAAUUUGGUUAUAAUAACUGUAACGAGGAUGAUAUGAUAAACUUUCCUCUUCCUUAG